AGGAGACAAGCUCAUCCCUGCAGAGUGUGCACACAGGAGUGUAUGGGGGCUGUGAGGGAUCCUCUCACCCAGGGGAUACUACUGCUGGAUUAUAGUCUCCAUGCUUGGAUUGUAAAGUGCACAGGGUUCAGUGGAUGUGAGAAGCCAUGGAGAUGCCAUGCCUGUGUCUUGCAGCGAUCGCCUCUUUGCUCCCAGUGCUCAUCAUGUCUGGUGACGGCUCCAAUAUACUAUUAAGUGACAGUAGGUUGCAUCCCAGAUCCCUGGAGAAAACGGCAUGGAGGACUUACAAAGAGUCACAGUGUCACCAUAUGCUGAAACACUUGCACAAUGGAGCCCGAGUCACAGUGCAGAUGCCUCCACACAUCGAGGGACAAUGGGUUUCUACAGGAUGUGAAGUUCGAUCCGGACCUGAAUUCAUCACAAGAUCCUACAAGUUUUAUAACAAUAAUACAUUCAAAGCAUAUCAGUUCUAUUAUGGAGGCAACCACUGUACAAAUCCCACCUACACUAUGGUUAUUCGUGGAAAGAUCCGUCUUCGCCAGGCAUCAUGGAUUGUCCGUGGUGGGACCGAGGCCGAUUACCAACUUCAUCAUGUGCAAAUAAUACCUCACAGUGAAAGCGUGGCUGAGAACCUAACAUGGUUGGUGAACCAAACAUGUCCUGGCAUCAUACCUGCAGACAAGCCCUGGAAAACGGAUGUUAGUUAUGAUCUAUGGAAAGAAGACAAUAGUUUCAAAUGUUUAGAGGCUCUCAAUUUUGCAAUGCAUGAACUUCAACUUAUCCGUGUGGAAAAGCAGUACUUACAUCAUAACCUGGAUCACCUAGUGGAGGAACUAUUCCUUGGAGAUGUUCACACGGACAUCACCCAUAGAAUGUAUUACAGACCAUCCAGCUAUCAGCCAGCUCUGCAAAAUUCCAAGAACCAUGACCAGUCCUGCAUUGCCUGUAGAAUCAUCUUCCGGUCGGAUGAGCAUCAUCCUCCAAUAUUACCUCCCAAGGCAGACCUGACUAUUGGGCUUAAUGGAGAAUGGGUGAGCCAGCGCUGUGAAGUGCGUCCAGAAGUCUUAUUUCUCACCAGACACUUUAAAUUUCAUGACAAAAAUCAUACAUGGGAAGGUUAUUACUAUCACUACUCAGACCCAAUAUGCAAGCAUCCUACAUUCACUAUCUAUGCCAAGGGCCGCUACAGCAGAGGCAUGCAUUCAACUAAGAUCAUGGGAGGAACCGAAUUUGUCUUCAAAGUAAAUCACAUGAAGGUGACUCCAAUGGACUAUGCUACAGCUUCUCUACUAAAUGUUUUCAAUGGAAAUGAGUGUGGAACAGAGAAAUCAUGGAAAGUUGGGGUGGAGCAAGAUGUCACACACACCAAUGGUUGCAUAGCUUUAGGAAUAAGGCUUCCUCACACUGAAUAUGAGCUCUUCAGGAUGGAACAAGAUUCACAAGGAAGAUAUUUGCUUUAUAAUGGCCAAAGACCCAGUGAUGGCUCAAGCCCAGAUAGGCCUGAAAAAAGAGCAACGUCAUACCAAGUGCCGCUGGUCAAAUGUUCCUCCUCAAUCUUAAGACCUGAAGGUUCAAUGGAGGGGAGCCAGAAAAUGAGUUCUGGAACGUCCAUAAAUUCAGUAUCUUUGUUUAUGAAUAUUCCUAUGCCUUAUUGGUGCCUGCUUGCAUUAAUAUACAUUUUGACUAGAUGAAAUGAGAUUUGAAGAAAUAUCCUUUGUAUUUUAUACCAUGGGACCAAGGACCUGUUGUUGUUUGAAGACAUUUGUUUACUUGACGCACUUGGAUGCCUGAGAACUGAUGCCCUGAUAACUAUCCUUCCCUCUAAAGUCUACGGCACCCCAUUCUGUAAAUCCACAUCCUUCUAAUACUUGAUCUCUGGACUUCACCCAGUCUCACCCUGCCUUAUAUGACUGCACAACAGUAAUCGCACUUUACGUCAUUUCGUAUUAAAACUGUAUAUUCUACAGACAAAACUAUUUUGUGCACCACUGUCUCAAUCUUGUCUGUGCCAUAUUACUGUUGUGACCUUACCGCGUUCCAAAAUGUUGUGUCAUUUUUUUAACAGUGUUGAGAAAUCAGGAUAUACUUUAUGCAGUAUUGUGCCGCUGACCGAUAGACUGCUCCCUUUAUACUUUCACUCCUUUACUGUUUGGGGUGGAGGG